AUGAGCGAUUUACCAAAUAUCACCUCCACUUUGCCUCCAAGAAAGAGAGCCAAAACUCAAGAAGAAAAAGAACAACGUCGUAUCGAAAGAAUUCUUCGUAACCGUCGUGCUGCCCACGCCUCCAGAGAGAAAAAGAGAAAACAUGUCGAAUUCCUCGAAGCCUCAGUUCACAAAUUGGAAUCCAAUAUCAACUUGUACAAAUCAAAGGAAGCAAAGUUGAUUGAAUUAUCAGAAAAAUUGUUAUCCAAAUUCAAAGAAUUGGGCGGCGACUCCGAAUCUUCGGAUUUGGACUUGUCGAUCUUAUCAGAAUCCCCAAUCCCUGACAUUGAUUUGAACCAAGCUUUCUUUGGCGACGCCGUUGGUAAGUCGUCUUCCGACCCAUCGACCCCUGCCGCUUUAUCACCUUCCGCCACCGGCGCUUCCUCUUUGCUUGCCGAUGACAUCACCAUGGUUAGUGAUCCAGUUUCCGCUCAACAUUCCCGUAGCGCUUCUCCAGCUCCUGAAGAAUCUACCGUCACUCCAACAGAAACUACCAUCACUGCCGAAUCCACCGGCAAGAAAUCCACUAACUCAGUGACCAAAACUAAGUCUAAAAAGACUAAAAAAACCAAGGCUCAAGAGAUCGAAUCCCCAAUCCCGACUUCUCCUUUGUCUACUCCGUUAAUCAAACACAAUGAUUACACUUCUCCUUUUAAAAAUACCAAUGAAUCUUCAACCGAAGGUUUUGUUGGCAGCACCCUUGAUAUCACUACCGAUUAUAUGUCCAGCGCUUCUUCCACAUUUAGUGGCGAGUCCCGUGGCUCCCCAAUCUCUAACGCCGAUUCUUUAUCCACCACCAAUUUGGAAUCAGGUCUUAACGUUGACGAAUAUUUGUCCAACUUGACCAACCCAAUGUUCAUUCCUCUGGACUCUUAUGAUAAGCCACAAUCAGAUUGGCAAUUUUUCGAAAGAAAUUUGAACCAAAACUCAUCCUUGAGCCAAAAUAAUGGUCUCUUGGGUGAUCCUUUCGAUGAUGACGUUCAUGUCACCACUUCUACCAGUAGCAGGUUGCAUAACCCAGCAGCGGUUUACUAUGACUUUCUGUUUUGA